UCACUUUAAAACAGCGAAGGUCCGUAGUACAACACGGCAGGAGUGUGGACUUUGUUUACCACUUCCCGCGCCAAUGGCGACGUUCUUGCGGGCAGGGAGCCUGUUCAACAUUCAGAGAACGACGACAGCGAUGCAGUCCUACUGCUCUUCACUGACCUCUGGCAGGCAGCAUGUUAAUGGAGUGGAUCUUUACUAUGAGAAGACAGGCACAGGGAAACACGCUGUGCUGUUACUUCCUGGUGCUCUGGGAAGCACUAAGACAGAUUUUCAACCCCAGCUUAAGUCUUUGAACAAGGAGCUCUUUACUGUUGUGGGCUGGGAUCCUCGGGGUUAUGGACUAUCACGACCCCCGGACAGAGACUUCCCAACAGACUUCUUUGAAAGGGAUGCAAGGGACGCAGUGGAUUUAAUGAAGACUUUGGGGUUUGUCAAGUUCUCUCUGCUGGGGUGGAGUGAUGGAGGAAUUACAGCCCUAAUAGCUGCUGCCAUGAACCCCAUGUUAAUCAACAAGAUGGUCGUAUGGGGAUCUAAUGCUUUCGUAUCACAACAUGACCUUGACAUUUACAAUGUGGUCCGUGAUGUGUCCAGAUGGAGCGCAAAGAUGAGGCAGCCCAUGGAGGAGGUAUAUGGUGCAGAAUUGUUUGCUAAAACAUGGGUGGCCUGGCUGGAUGGAAUCUCCCAGUUUGCACAGAGACUAGAAGGGAACAUCUGCAUUGAACUUCUUCCUCUGAUCAGAUGUCCGACUCUGAUCAUUCAUGGAGAAAAAGAUCCAAUGGUCCCCAGCUUCCACCCACACUUCCUUCUCAAACAUAUCCAGGGAUCAAGAUUACACCUGAUGCCAAACGGAAAACACAAUCUCCAUCUGAGGUUCGCUGAGGAAUUCAACAAACUGGUGGAGGACUUUCUGGAAGAGGGAAACAAUAAUUAACACACUGAAAUAAUCACCAUGAUGAAGAGGUCAUUGCAUCAAGCUUUUGAAUGUUUUAUGUUCAUUUUGGUUAACAAUUAAGAUCUAAGUGUUGUUUCAAUUUAAUUUAAAUGUAAAGGAAAACUACACUUUUAACAUUUUGCCUAUCAUCCACAAUCCCAGUAUGAGACAAAACACACAUCCUCCCUUUUUUGUGCGUUCUCGAUAGUAAAAAAAAAAAAAUGCUAGCAUGUGGCGACUAACAAUGCAUGUAAAGGGGAGUUUACUAUUUUGUUCAUAAAUCCCUCUAAAAAACAUUUUAAAUAUGUACAUGAUGUGGCCUGCAUAUUAACCAAGCUAUAGCAACAUUGUUGUUGUCGGAGCUAUCUCCGAGGAACUACUUUACUGGCAUAGUGACACAGUGUCUUGCUCACAGUGUCCCCGGCUACUAUCGAAAGCUCAUAUGUAUGCUAGUAGUUACUGGUGUUGCUGCUAAAUCCCCUUAAUGAGUUUGAAAAAGUUUGAAACUUCAAAAUUUCUCACGGUACCAGCUAAAAAGGGAUCUGCUUAGCACCCAGCUUAAAAAACGUGUAGCUCAUUGUCGAGGUCGCUUCCUAGCGGUACCACUGACAUACACUUCACAGGAGCCAGGCGUGCGAAGUUGAACAAAGUUUUAAUGUACAUAGAUAUUAUCAAAUUCUUUUCUCCGGCAGAACGUGACUUUUCAGUCACGUCCGUAUCCUCUCUCCCCUCCUGCUCCCGGCCGUUUACUGUUAAAGACAACAGAUGAUUAGAUUAACACGUACCACCUGUGAAAUCUAAUCACCUGCCAGCUGUGUCUCGCCGUCAGCACUGCCACUCCCCCGUCUGAUGGUGCUCUGUCCUCAGCACCAUGAACAGAGGUGGUUACCUUUGCUCCUGCAUGCAGCGCUGGCCACAUCUCCCUCCACACUCAUCCUACAGUAUAUACUCAAGCUAAAAAAGAUAGGUUCUGGAUCAUCAUUUGUGCCAAAAUAGUGAUUGUUGGCUCUCACAAAGUCUACCAUGAUUAGAAAUGAAUCCCCAUGACCUGCAUUGUCAGUUGCUUCAUGCUAGCCGUUUUUUGCGUGCCAGCAACUUGAGGGUUCUAGGUUUGAUACCCGCUUCUGCCAUCCUAGUCACAUCCGCUGUGUCCUUGGGCAAGACAUUUCACCCACCUGCUCCCAGUCCCUGCAUUGUUUUAAAUGUAACUUUAGAUAAUGGGUUGCACUAUGUAAAGCGCUUUGAGUCACUAGAGAAAAGCGCUAUGUAAAUAUGAUUUUCUUAACUUCAAAAAAGGGAAACACUGUGUGUUCUUGUCUCAUAUAGUAUGGAUGAUGAGCAAAUUCCUCCCCAAAAAUAGUUUUCCUUUGACCAUUCAACAACCAGGACAGCAGUAAUUAAGCUAUUUUACAAUUAGUAGACUUUACAUUUUUUUAAAUUUUGUUUUCA